AUGGAAGUACAAAAGCAUAGAGCCCUUGUUCAUUUCUUAAAGAGGUGUAACAAACGUAUUGAAUUUCUCUUCCAAUGUAUGGAUCAAAUUUUGAGAGUCAAUGAUCCUGAAAUUUCGGUUGUCGACUAUGAUGAGAAUGAUAUUGUGUUGCCAUAUGUCAAGCGUGAUAUGCUCAUGCUUGUGAAUCAAAUACCUAUGAAGGUUCUUCAUAUAUUGACUAAGGUUGAAACCGAGGUUGACGAGGAAGAUGAUUAUGAGUUAAACAAGAAAAUCAUAAAGUUGUUAAACCCAAUAUUCAUGGAAGAUACCUCCUCGAACGAGAAAAUCAAAGAGUUGGGGAAAUGCAUGCGUGUAUUGGACUUGUAUAGAAAAAGUCUAAUACUAGAAGAACCAAGCUACGCACCACCACCACCCAAGCCCCAAAAAACCAAAGAAAAUUGUUUAUGUUUAGAGGCAGGUAACGAGAUAACAUCGUUUAUAUUCUUAAUGGACACUAUUGUCGACAGUGCUAUGGACGUUCCAAUUCUUAGCCGGAGUGGGAUCCUGAUCAAUGCUCUUGGGAAUGACAAAGUUGUUGCCAAAUUAUUCAACUCAAUGUCCAAAGAAAUCCCCGUAGAACGCGGUGGACAUCUUGUUAUUGUGCGGAAUAGUAUGAAUCUGUAUUGUAAGAAACCAUGGAAAAAUUGGCGUGCUUGUCUCAUUCAUGCUUAUUUUAGGAACCCUUGGGCUAUAGUGUCGCUUGUUGCUGCUAUCUUUCUUUUUGCUCUUACUAUAAUUCAAACUAUAUACACGGUUCGCCAAUUUGAUCAAAACCCAAGUCCAAGUCCAAGCCCGACCAAGUCACCUAGUUUUCCGGUUACUCCGAGGCCUCACCGUCGUCCAUAA